UCAUGGAUAACAGUGAGCUUGCAAGAAUAUCAGUAUUGUUGUUUGUAGUAGUUUUAUUUAUCAUCUAUAUUGUACUGGAUGCAUUUAAAGCAUACACUAGGAAAGCACAUUGGGUUCCUUCCCAUUUUCUUGUGCUGAGCGCUUUAAUAAUCCAACUGCUUAACUUACUGAGCGGCAAGAAUGCAUUGUCUGAGGAUGCAUGGGAUAGCGGUAAGUUAAAAAAGAGUGAAUUGUGGAUGAUCCACAGUGGGCGACUCAUGUUGUGUGUGGUCAUGGCAUACCUGCUACCAAGUAUGGCUGCGAGGGGAUCCCAAGAUUUUUGGGGGAAGAUAGCCGCUUUGGGGAUUACAAUCCUGGGGCAAAUGACCUCUGAACUAUUCACUGUCAAUUCCUACGUAAAAGGCUCCUUGUCCACUCUGUUGUCUAUGUGGGAGUAUCAAAAGGAUUCAAACGAGCUUCUCUUUAUUGGGUCGGCAGUCCUAUUAUCUUUCGCUUUCUUCAUUCUCAUCCUCCUUCUAGCCUGUGCCAAUAUAGCCAGCAGAGGUAUUCAGGUUAUUUUUACUCAAAAGAUUCCGUUGAUUCUUACAAAGGUCGAUGGUGAGGAAAGUAAGUGCCCUACUAUUGAAAAUGAAGUGCUCAAGGCUUGGAUCGUUGCUCGUGCUUACACUCCCGAAUAUAUUAUUGCAAGGUCGGCCUUGAGCGCAUCCGCUGGAGCCGUCGUGUCAGCUUUGAUUUGGAUUUCAAUAAUAGGAUGGCUUUACCAGAGUCCCACUCUCAAGACUGAUACAGCCUCUGAUAAGCUAAAAUUAUUGGUAACUAUUCUGCAAGUCUCUUUCAUCCUCAUUGGCUGGGUAAUAAUUGGAUGGAGAUGGGCUAUAGCUGCAGGGUAUUACACAAGGUGGCAUAAGGGCACCAAGCGCUCAGUUUGCAAAGUUGAAGAUUAUUGGACAAGGCACAUUAAAGACUUGAUUGAAGAUACACAACCAAAGAUUUUACAGGCAGAAAGGCUUGAUAAAACAGUGAAAGAGCUUAUUGCGCAGCCACCCACAAAAAUCCCGGUGCCAGAGAAACUCUUGAUGGUGGUGGAGCUGGUGCAAUGGAUAACAGUAUUAUUCAGUAAAAUAUGUUGGCUAGUCUCCUUGAUAAUUUUUCAUAAUAAAUUCACUGAUAAAUUGGUAUCUCUGAUACUAAGGAAGCAUGAUGAGAAUGAAUUUGAAAAGUUCUCAAAUUAUGAAGCAAUUUUGGAAGAUCUUGAUAUGCUGGGGGAGACUCCAAAAAGCCUCUGGAUAGCUAAUAAAAGUUCCAUUGCAAAAGCGAAAGAAAUUCUCACACAGGGCCGUCUUGAUGGGGAAACUAGUUGUAAAGUGUUGAUUGAUUUCCUUAAAAAAAGGAAGAGGACAGAUGGUAUAGAUCUGACUAAGUUUGAUCCUAAAAAUCCUCCAGAAUAUCAAUAUUUGUGGAGGGCUUCAGAUAAAUAUAAAGCGUUAGAGGUGGAGAAACAUUUUCAUGAGGCAUCUAAAAUAUCUUGGAAAAUGACAGCAGUGUGCUUGACUAGAAUCAUCAUCCAUCUCUAUCCAAUCUCUGAUUCAUCACAUUGCAAGGAUAUGCAAGAUUGUCUGAAUGUAUACACUCAAGCAUGGGAGAUACUUGAUUUUGUUGAUGCCCUGGAAGCUGAUGGAAUCAUGUGUGAAGCAGCUGAUACAUUCUUCCAUACACUGCAAAAAAAUGUGAAGAAAGGGGACCUUCCGCGCAAUCCUUCGCGUAUAGCUGAAGCAAUUGAUGAGAUUGCAAAGGAGUCUGAAGAGAAAGCAAGUAAUCCCAGUGGUUUGAACAUUGUGUCCGCUGUGAUUGAUUGUCUUGGACUUGGGGCUAAGACGGAGGAGAGCAAGGCGGAGAAACCAAAGACUGAGGGUGAGACGGAGAAACCAACGCCUGAGAAACCAAAGCCUGAUGAUCAGACGGAGAAGCCAAAGGAUGCAGAGUUCGUAGGAGCCUAUGAUUCCAUGGACUGGAAGAAGGUUGCAGCGGGAACUACUUUGUACAGGUUAUGCAAAAGUAUUGCUCCCAAACCUGAUGCCAAUCCCGAUACUCCCAACCCUGGUCCACGUGAAUUGUUGAGGGACUUACAAUGUGCAUUAGCAGAUAUUUUAUAUGGUUCCAUAAUAAAAGCCAGAUCUGAAUUAGUAUUAAAGUCCAGAAAAUGGGCGAAAGAGUCUGAUGAAAACAGGAUAGGGAGGGCACUUUACACAGCCGGGAAGGCAAAGACGCUGAUGAAAAUGGACAAACCUGAGAGAAGCAAGAGAGUGGAAGAAGCUGAGAAAAAGAAAGCCGAGGAAGAGAAAGCAGACAAAGAGAAAGCUGAGAAAGAGAAACGUGAGACCAAUCUUACCGGCGCUCAACAGUUGCAAUAUUUGGCAUCAGGCUCAGAGGAACAUGAGAUCGGUCCACCUGGUGAAUAUCGCCUGGACAUUGUCCCUUCAACAUUUUAAAGCUCUGACUUAACAUGUACUGGAUUUAAAUUUUCCUAUUUGUUUUCUGUAGUGGAUUUAGAACUUUGAAAUUUAUCAGGUUUUCUCUAUUUGUUUUUAGGACAAAAUAUGUAGUUCAAAGUAAAAGGUCGUGUGUUGUGUUGGAAUCGACCAUUUACGUGCGUUUAGGCAUAGCCGUAUCCUAUCGUAUACAUAAAAAGGUAUUGUUUGCUGAAUUAUUUUAAAAUUGUCGUAUGUUUGUUUCUA